UGUUUUAAAGUUCUCUGAAUAGGGGGGAACCCCACAGAAUGUGGCCACUAGCAGCUCCCUCACAGCACAUCUCAGAAGCCUCUCCAAAGGAGAUUCCCCUGUGAUUUCACCUUUCCGGAAUUACUCCUCCAUUCACAGCCAGAGUCGCUCAACCUCAUCACCCAGUCUACAUUCUCGCUCACCUUCUAUUUCCAACAUGGCAGCUCUAAGUCGUGCUCAUUCUCCUGCCUUAGGAGUGCACUCUUUUUCAGGGGUGCAAAGGUUCAACAUUUCAAGCCAUAAUCAGUCUCCAAAGAGACAUAGUAUUUCUCAUUCUCCAAAUAGUAAUUCUAAUGGCUCCUUUGUUGCACCAGAAAUGGAGCCAAUUGUUCCUGAACUGUGUAUUGACCAUUUGUGGACAGAAACGAUUACUAAUAUAAGAGAGAAAAAUUCACAAGCCUCAAAAGUGUUUAUUACAUCUGACCUAUGUGGGCAAAAGUUCCUGUGCUUUUUAGUAGAGUCCCAGCUCCAGUUACGCUGUGUAAAGUUUCAGGAGAGUAAUGAUAAAACCCAGCUCAUCUUUGGUUCAGUGACCAACAUACCAGCAAAGGAUGCAGCACCAGUGGAGAAAAUAGACACCAUGCUGGUCUUGGAAGGCAGUGGAAACCUGGUGCUAUACACAGGAGUGGUUCGGGUGGGAAAGGUUUUUAUUCCUGGACUGCCAGCUCCCUCUCUGACGAUUUCCAACACACUGCCUCGGCCCAGUACUCCACUAGAUGGCGUUAGUACUCCAAAGCCUCUUAGUAAACUCCUUGGAUCAUUGGACGAGGUUGUUCUGUUGUCCCCAGUUCCAGAACUGAGGGAUUCUUCAAAACUUCAUGAUUCUCUCUAUAAUUAGGAUUGUACUUUCCAACAGCUUGGAACUUACAUUCAUUCUAUCAGAGAUCCUGUCCAUAACAGAGUCACCCUAGAACUGAGUAAUGGCUCCAUGGUUAGGAUCACUAUUCCUGAAAUUGCCACCUCUGAGUUAGUACAAACGUGUUUGCAAGCAAUUAAGUUUAUCCUGCCAAAAGAAAUAGCAGUUCAGAUGCUUGUCAAGUGGUACAAUGUCCACAGUGCUCCAGGAGGACCCAGUUAUCACUCAGAGUGGAAUUUAUUUGUGACUUGUCUCAUGAACAUGAUGGGUUAUAACACAGACCGCUUAGCAUGGACUAGAAAUUUUGACUUUGAAGGAUCACUUUUCCCUGUCAUUGCGCCCAAAAAAGCAAGGCCUUCCGAGACUGGAUCUGAUGAUGACUGGGAAUAUUUACUAAAUUCAGACUACCACCAGAAUGUUGAGUCUCAUCUUUUGAACAGAUCUUUAUGUCUGAGUCCUUCAGAAGCUUCACAGAUGAAGGAUGAGGAUUUUUCACAGAAUCUCAGUCUGGAUUCUUCUACACUUCUCUUUACUCACAUACCUGCAAUUUUUUUCGUUCUUCACCUUGUGUAUGAGGAGCUUAAGUUGAAUAAUCUAAUGGGAGAAGGAAUUUGUUCACUUGUUGAACUUCUCGUUCAGUUGGCAAGGGACUUAAAAUUGGGGCCUUAUGUAGAUCAUUACUAUAGAGACUACCCAACGCUUGUCAGAACUACUGGACAAGUGUGCACAAUUGAUCCAGGUCAAACAGGAUUUAUGCAUCAUCCAUCAUUUUUUACGUCUGAGCCACCAAGUAUUUAUCAGUGGGUGAGUUCUUGUCUGAAGGGUGAAGGAAUGCCACCUUAUCCUUACCUCCCUGGAAUCUGUGAAAGAAGCAGACUUGUAGUCUUGAGUAUUGCACUGUACAUACUUGGUGAUGAGAGCUCGGUUUCUGAUGAAUCCUCACAGUAUUUAACCAGAAUAACUGUAGCCCCCCAGAAGUUGCAAGUAGAACAAGAGGAAAACAGGUUUAGUUUCAGGCAUUCUACGUCUGUUUCUAGUCUAGCUGAAAGAUUGGUUGUCUGGAUGACUGAUGUAGGAUUCACUUUAAGAGAUUUGGAAACUCUUCCCUUUGGAAUUGCUCUUCCCAUCAGAGAUGCAAUUUAUCACUGUCGUGAGCAGCCUGCCUCAGACUGGCCAGAAGCUGUCUGUCUCUUGAUUGGACAUCAGGAUCUUUCCAAGCAGGCCUGCGAAGGAAACUUACCCAAACGGAAGUCUGUGCUCUCAUCAGAUGUUCCUUCAGGAACAGAAACUGAGGAGGAAGAUGAUGGCAUGAAUGACAUGAAUCACGAGGUCACGUCAUUAAUAUGGAGUGAAGAUUUAAGGGUGCAGGAUGUGCGAAGGCUUCUUCAGAGUGCGCACCCUGUCCAUGUCAAUGUAGUGCAGUACCCAGAGCUCAGUGACCACGAGUUCAUUGAGGAAAAGGAAAACAGAUUGCUCCAAUUGUGUCAGCAAACUAUGGCUCUUCCUGUAGGACGAGGAAUGUUUACCUUGUUUUUGUACCAUCCUGUUCCAACAGAGCCAUUGCCUAUUCCUAAAUUGAAUCUGACUGGGCGUGCCCCUCCUCGGAACACAACAGUAGACCUUAAUAGUGGAAACAUCGAUGUGCCUCCCAACAUGACAAGCUGGGCCAGCUUUCAUAAUGGUGUGGCUGCUGGCCUGAAGAUAGCUCCUGCCUCCCAGAUCGACUCAGCUUGGAUUGUUUACAAUAAGCCCAAGCAUGCUGAGUUAGCCAAUGAGUAUGCUGGCUUUCUCAUGGCUCUGGGUUUGAAUAGGUACCUUACCAAGCUGGCGACUCUCAAUAUCCAUGACUACUUGACCAAGGGCCAUGAAAUGACAAGCACUGGACUGCUACUUGGUGUUUCUGCUGCAAAACUAGGCACCACGGAUAUGUCUAUUACUCGGCUUCUUAGCAUUCACAUUCCUGCUCUCUUACCCCCAACGUCCACAGAGCUGGAUGUUCCUCACAAUGUCCAAGUGGCUGCAGUGGUUGGCAUUGGCCUUGUAUAUCAAGGGACAGCUCACAGACAUACUGCAGAAGUCCUGUUGGCUGAGAUAGGACGGCCUCCUGGUCCUGAAAUGGAAUACUGCACUGACAGAAAGUCAUACUCCUUAGCUGCUGGCUUGGCCCUGGGCAUGGUCUGCUUGGGGCAUGGCAGCAAUUUGAUAGGUAUGUCUGAUCUCAAUGUGCCUGAGCAGCUCUAUCAGUACAUGGUUGGAGGACAUAGGCGCUUUCAAACAGGAAUGCAUAGGGAGAAACAUAAAUCACCAAGUUAUCAAAUCAAAGAAGGAGAUACCAAAAAUGUGGAUGUGACUUGUCCAGGUGCUACUCUAGCUUUGGCUAUGAUCUACUUAAAAACCAAUAACAGUGUCUUCUAGGAAGCCCAGACACAUGGAGAAGUUCUGAGUGUUUUGGCCGAUAGUCCCAGAUGAGGUUCCAGCAACAGCUGGGGUCACCCAUGAGAUGUGAGUGAGGAAGGCUUUGAGAUGGUUUCAGCCCUAGCCACCACUGACCUCAUAAGAGACCACAAGAAAGAGAAUCACCUGGCCAAGCCCAGCAGACCUUCAGAAUUCAGAAAUAAAAUAAUUCGUCUUAUUUU